AUGGACAGCUCCCCUCGUCAAGAUGAGUCUGUCAUUUUUCUUUCGCCCACAGCAUCAGCUAGUAGUAUACUAGAGCAAGGGGAAACAAGCCUUAAUGAUGAAGAACUGGCAUGGCUUCUACAAAAAGAAGCCCACCCUUUGGAGUUCAUUGAAAGUGUUAACAAGCAAAUGGAUAAGGCUAUCAAAGUAAAAAUGAAAUUAUCCCAGAGCAAUGUCAACAGUGACCUGUGUUUUUGCCUGGGCAGGUGUUUGGUGUGGGAAGGUGAAUGGAGGGUGGAUGUUCUGAUGGCUUCGUUGAAGCAAGCAGAGAGUGGUAACCCUAUUAAGCUGCUCUUGACUGUCAAGGAAAAGCUGCUCAACAGCACCCCCACUCGCCCAUUUCAGGCCCCAGAACUGGGUCAGUCACCUGUUCUUCCUGAAGAGAUUGUUUCUGACGUCAAGGGACCAGAUGAGGCUCUUGAGGCUGAAGGCCAGAGAUCAGCAGUACCUGUUAAAGAAAUUGUGCCUGAGAAGAAGGAAUUUUCUCCAUCAUUGGAGACACUGUUGAUGCUUCCAGCUCUAGAAACAACUUCUAUACAGCAAGAAUGUGAGGAGGCCAAACAGAAAACUUGCCAGCCUAGCCCAGUUCCUCUACGGAAGACCAGAAGGGUUCUCUUUGAGCCUUCAGCAGCCAAAGGAGAGGACAAAAUGGAAGAUUUAGAAAUGAAAGAGUUGCAAGCAUGUCCAAGCCCUCGAUGGUGUCAUGCCAUGUGCCUCAGUGACCCUGAAACAGCUGUUUUGAUGGGUGGUGAAGGAGCCAAUCAACAGUUUUGCAAGGAUGCUCUUUGGAAACUGGAAAUUGAUGACGACUUCUGGUUCCCCAUGGACUUCCCAGGGCAAAAUUUUGUGCCACAGUGUUCACGGGGUCACACUGCCACCUAUGACCCAGACACCAAACGUAUCUACAUCUUUGGCGGCCUAAGGGAAGGGAAGCGCUAUAGCAGCAUCCAUGUACUGGACACGACAUCUUGGAAGUGGCUUCGCAUAUCUGCCAAGGGGAAGGUGCCAACACUGGCUUAUCACAGUGCUACUAUCUAUCGUAAGGAGCUGUUUGUCUUUGGAGGUGCGUUCCCAAAAAUCUCAGCCCUGGAGCCUGGAGCCUGCAGUAAUUCACUUUUCAUUUUCAACCCCGAGUAUGAGAUCUGGUACCAACCCAUUGUGGAGGGAGAGAAGCCUCUGCCUAGGCUUGGCCAUUCAGGCACCCUGCUGAGGAACAAGUUGAUCAUAUUUGGGGGCCAGAUGAACUCUACAUACCUGAAUGAUACCCACAUCCUGGAUCUAGGUUUCAUGGAAUACACGUCAGUUCCUUUUCUUUCUGGUCAGCCUUCUGCUCGCAGUUUCCAUGCUGCCAUGCCAGUAUCUGAUCAGAAAGUGCUGAUAAGUGGGGGUUGUAAUGCCAAGGGAGCCUUUCAGGAUGCAUUCACCUUCCACCUUGAUACGUUAACAUGGAAUGCAGUGGUGCACAGUGAUCUUUGUUCGAUACCCCGGGCAGGCCACACGCUGUUGAACUUGACUUCUGUCCACUUGACAGACAUGGAUAAGGAGAGCAGAGGCAAGUGCAACCUGUGCACAGUACUGGUCUUCGGGGGUUCUGACCGUGCUGGAAAGUUCUACAAUAGUACCAGCAAAAUUCAGCUGGACCUUGGGGAGGUGAAGGGAACCUCUUAG